CUGUGAGGCAGUAACGGUCACAAACGUCUAUGCGCAGGCGCAGUGGUACUUCACACAACCGCAAUAGGCAAACAUGGCGGCGGCCGUCGACAGUGUUGUGAAAGUGCUGGGAGAGCAGUACUAUAGAGAUGCUAUGGAGCAGUGUCAUAGUUACAACGCUCGCUUAUGCGCUGAGCGCAGCAUCCUCAUGCCUUUCUUGGACUCGCAGACUGGUGUAGCCCAGUCUAACUGUUACAUCUGGAUGGAGAAGAGACACCGGAGUGCAGGUGUAGCUCCAGGGCAGCUGUACACCUAUCCAGCCCGUCGCUGGAGGAAGAAACGCCGUUCCCACCCCCCUGAGGACCCCCGCUUGGCCUUCCCUCCUCUCAAAGCAGCAGAUUUGGAGCUGGGUCUGAAGCGUGAUGCUUUGGGGGCUGUGGAUGGCAGCAGUCUGGAGGCCCUGCUGAAAGGGGAGCCCCUCGACAGGAGGAGCGGAGUGUCGGACCUCCGCGGCCCUGAAGAUGACUCAGUAACUGUGGAACCUCCUGCCACCUCAGCGGCCACUCACACGUCCUCUGGGCGUGUCCGUAAGCGAGUCCUUGACCAUGACGACUACUUAGAUGACCUGGAUGAUGACGACUUUGAGGACGAGACCCCAAAGAGACGAGGCAAGAGCAAGUCCAAGGGUCGCAGUGACAAGAAUGGCAAGAAAAAACAAGAGGCUGCCGCUGCAGCGCUGGAGGAGAGGGACAAACCUUACGCCUGCGACAUCUGUGGAAAGCGCUACAAGAACCGUCCUGGCCUGAGCUACCACUAUACACACUCUCACCUGGCGGAGGAGGAGGGCGAGGACCGCGAGGAGAUCGAGGCACCACCCACUCCUCGCCAGCCUGAGGAGCAGAAGACAACAAAGAAGGGUCCCAAUGGGCUGGCACUGCCCAAUGACUACUGUGACUUCUGUCUUGGAGACUCCACUUUAAACCAGAAGACUGGCCAAUCAGAAGAGCUGGUGUCUUGCUCAGACUGUGGACGCUCAGGCCAUCCAACAUGCCUGCAGUUCACACCAGUGAUGAUGGCUGCAGUGAAAACCUACCGCUGGCAGUGCAUCGAGUGCAAGUGCUGCAAUGUUUGCGGCACCUCAGAGAAUGAUGACCAGCUGCUGUUCUGUGAUGACUGUGACCGAGGCUAUCACAUGUAUUGUCUAAGUCCCCCCAUGACCGAACCACCAGAGGGGAGCUGGAGCUGCCACCUGUGCCUGGCUCUGCUGAAGGAUAAAGCCUCCAUAUACCAGCAGAACCAGAGCUCUGCCCCUGAGUGACAUCGUAUCAACAAGUCCCGCCCCAUCAGUAACGGGACCUGCCCCUGAUUGAAAAGUCAGACCUCCUCUCAGUCCGGAGCCCCAGGCUCUGUCCAGAUGUAGCAGGGCCAGAUUGCAGAUCAGCUUUAGAAGUCUUAAUAUCUACAGCGUCAGUGGGGGGGGAUCAGUCAACACGGGGAUCAAUCUAUCACUACCAACCUGCCUCCAAAGCCCCCAAGGCUUGCCAACACCUACAUAUUGUGCGUAUAUACAGUAUAGACACACACUCUCUCCCAGACUGUUACACACACUAGAUACAGAGACAGAGAGCAUGCAGUAACCAUAGUAACUGCUCUCUCCAUGGGAGCUCCCAGGAGCGAACGGAUUAGCAUCACAGCUAAUUAUCUGCAACCUUUCACACUCAAAGACAAAGUGUGGACUGUCGAGACAACACAGUUUUUCUUUCUGCCAAAUUAUCUAUUUUUGCUCCCUGAAUGCGGGGAAAAAAGAAAAAAAACAUGUAUAUGGUCAUGGAAUAUUAUUAUUAUUACUAUUGUUAUUGUUCUGGUUACUAGUGGACUUUUGUAGUGGCAUUUGUCUGUGUACUUUUGUCUGAUCCAUCGGAGUGUUAAUCUUUUGAAGAGGUUUCCCUGAGGGGAACUAGUCAGUUCCAAGGUCUACCAUCAUGAAAUACACACAACAUUGACCCAUAAAGCUUAUCAUUAUUAUGUCAACCAUCUUUGUUUCAUUUAAAAUCAGAAGGACAACAAAAAAACUGUUUGACUCAUUAAGCUGUCAGCACAAAAUCUUUGACUUUGCUACUUUAGGGUUGCACCAAAACCAACUUUUCAUCUCUGAUUCUGUCACUGGUUUGAUCAGUUUUAUCAAACACUAUACAACAGAGCAUAUACUGUAAAGGAUUGUGUCCUCUGGCACAGUGCUCAUUAAGGAGAAACUGAAAACUGCCAUAGGCAAGCCCAUCGAGCGUCCAAUGUUGGAAAGCGGGGCAAUACCUAUUUGGACACGUACCAUAAGUGGGACUCAUGAGACAAAACAUUUAGUAUGCCUUUCUUCAAUAUGAAUUCUCCAUUAGACAGAGCUAACAUUCUGCUGUCAAACCAAUGAUGCACAGAAUCCUUUACAAACUAGCUGCUUUUAUCAUUUGUCACACAGAGGCAGAUUUGCAUGCAGAUUGCACCUGUAUAAAUGCAGACACACACACACACCAUAAGUGUUUUUUUGUUUUGUUUUUUUUGUAUUGUUUGUGUUUUGUUUUUAUAUUUUAUAUUACCUGAUAUUCCAUUGGUACUGGGAGUUUUUCUAGUAGAAUUUUGUAAAGUCUAUGGUAUAGCAAACACUUCAAGUAUAUAGCUCCUAAUGCAUUCUAUGUACUGUAUUGACUUUUUCUAUUUUUGUUAUGACUGUGACAUGUUUGAAUUUAUUUGAUUAUUCUGAUAUGUCCAACCUCCAUUAUGAGUAUUUGUAAAAUGAUGUACUUUGUUGUACUAUUUUUAUUUUUACAUUGCUUUGGUAUCAAAACCGAUUUUAGCCUGACAAUAAACAUCACUUUGAAUUA